GUGUUCUGAAGAAACCAAAUCUAGAGGUCCCUACUGAGCUGCAGAAGCCGCAUUCCCUCUUCCCGGGUCUGCUCGUGGACUCCUCUGCGUUUCUGUUUUGGCACAGUGAGGCGACACAACAUCUGCAUUUAUGAGUCAACGCUGUGAGUGACUGCAUGUGUGCGUGUGGGGGAGAGUGGCGAGGAGGGGGAGCUGCAACUGUCUGCCACGUCUGUAUCAGAAGGAGAUAGAGAAGAUACAAAGCAGGGAGUACAGGGAAGGAGGAGAGACGUCGUAGCAGGGCACCAGCUACAAUAACACAUCUGGGCGAGCAGCUUACAUCAUUGGCACAUUUGCAUAAUUGUCUUUGCUUGUGAGGCGAAGCAUUAAUUGUCCGCAUUGCUUCAGGGCGACCACAGUGGCCGGUUGCUGGGCUGUGUAGAUUUAGUUCUGACAACAUGCAGCUGGACAUACAUCAUUGAGGGGAUUUGAAACGGGUAAAUAAAUUAUACUCACACACAGUUAAUGCUUACUGCACAGUGUGCGAGGAUACAGCUUCUGACCCGCGGCUGCUGUAGCUACUUCUCUCCGGCAUCUCUGACCAAAAUUGCACGGUGUUUACCUGUUACUAUACUGCACCGCGUCCUUUGUUCUAGACAGCUCGCUGUGGAUUUGGAGUAAGACCAGACUUUGAUAUUCUGACGGCUCUGUUGUUACCUGUAAAUCCGGAUACAUCAUUUAGUUGUUGUUUACCUGGAUUCCGCACCCGUCUCCACGACGGGAAGCUAAGUAUCCGGCCGGUGUUUGCAGGGCUCGGGCGUCCUGAUGCUGAGCGCAGGGAGGAUGGAGGAGUUUGAGACCGAGGAAGAGGAGCCGUGGUAUGAUCAACAAGACCUGGAACAAGACCUGCACCUGGCCGCGGAGCUUGGGAAGACCCUGCUGGAGCGCAACAAGGAGCUGGAGGAUUCGCUGCAGCAGAUGUACCUGACCAAUGAGGAGCAAGUGCAGGAGAUAGAGUACCUGUCCAAGCAGCUAGAGAUGCUGCGAGCGAUGAACGAGCAGCACGCCAAGGUGUACGAGCAGCUGGACGUGAGCGCGCGUGGCCUGGAGCGCACCAAUCACAGGCUCGUCCUGGAGAGCAAGGCGGCCCAGCAGAAAAGUGACCGGAUGACAGAGACCAUUGAGACCCUGCAGGGCCAGGUGGAGGCGCUGCAGGCGCAGGUGGAAGAGCUACGCAGCCUGGAGCAGCUGCGUGUCAGGAGAGAGAAGAGGGAGAGGCGCAAGACCAUCCACUCCUUCCCCUGCCUCAAGGAGCUGUGCUCAGCACCCAGGUAUGAGGAUGGCUUUGUGAUCCGGAGCUCGCAGUCGGAGCUGGAGCCCAAGCCGCUGGAGCAUGAGAACGAGCGCCUGCGGGAGAUGGUGAGCUCGCUGCGCUCUCAGAUCCAGCAGGAGCGGCAGCGCAAGGAGGGGGCGGAGCGGGAGUGCGCCGCCGUGCUGCACGAGUACUCCGAGCUGGAGCACCGGCUGCACCAGGCCGAAGGCUGCCACCUGCGCAUCCACGAGCUGGAGGUUGAGCUGCUGGAGCUGCAGCAGAUGAAGCAGAUCAAGAAGUACCUGCUGAUCGGAGAGGACAGCCUGGCCGAGGCCCUACUGGAGCCCCUCAACAACACCCCGGAGACGGACGAAGCGGGCGGAAGCGGGGGCUGCAGCCAGGCUCUGUCCCCCACCAGCCCCCCGGCCGCCAGCCCGGUGCGGAAGAGCUGCAGCGACACGGCGCUCAACACAAUCGUCACCAAGGACGCCGCCAGCCGGCACCAGGGCAACUACACCCUGCACGCCAACAACGUGCGCAAGCGGGGCAUGUCCAUCCUGCGCGAGGUGGACGAGCAGUACCACGCCCUGCUGGAGAAGUACGAGGAGCUCCUGGGCAAGUGCCGGCGCCACGAGGAGAGCCUGCGCCACAUGGGCGUCCAGACCUCACGUCCCGUCUCCCGAGACGCCUCCCUGCGGGACUGCCAGCUGCCAGAGCUCUCCCAAGAGGCAGAGGAGCGCAAGGCCGUGGAGAACAUCAGCAAGCACGUGGAGGCCGUGGACAAGAGGCUGGGCCAGACCACCCCUGAGUACAAGGCCCUCUUCAAGGAGAUCUUCUCACGCAUCCAGAAGACCAAGACAGACAUGAAAUCCAGUAAAACCAGCAAGAGCAGCAAAUGAACAGAACCCCACAGCUCCCCUUCCUCUUUCAUCAUAUUACUGGACUAGCUGCCUGGCUUAAUUAACCACUGGUAAAGAGCAGGGAAUCUGCAGCCAGGGUUCUCAGUAUUAAUGCAGUAGCAUUAGGUCUGCUUUUCGAGGGAUCACCCCUCUUACACACGCUGCAAAGAAAUGUAUUUCACCUUUACAACCAUAAAAACCCUUGAAGCUGUAACAUGGGAACAAACAGGUAAUCCACUUACUAAAACACACACAGAGCUUGUGCUACCUUACAAAGACAAGGCACUUUACACAUAUAUCUAUUAUACAGAUGGAAUUCCUGCAUUCCACAGUGUUGCAAACUAUAUUUCAUAGUAAAAGAAAAAAAGGCUUGAUUUAGCCUUACUUUCAGUUUUUUUUGUUUUUUUUUGUGAAUUUAGGCAUUGCCUUAUAACACUGUCCUUUAUGGAGAUCAAUUGAGCCUUGGCUUAUUAAUAUGAUAUUAUAAUAAUUAGCCCUGUGUUCUGGAACUGAAUUAAGGUUUUUAAGACAUUAAAAGAAUGGUGUCGUUUUUGAGCUGUGAGGGUGUUACAUAAAAGUGUUGAAGGUGCAUAUUACAUUCAUUUUAAGUAAAUGUGUUUUGUCCUAAUAUGAAGGGGCAUGUUCCUUAAUGAAAGCAAUUUUUUUCAUAGUCUUUGUCCAUUUUCAAUAUGCAGAAAGUAUUGUUAUGCAGUGUUCUUAUGUUUUUCAUGAUAAAAUGUUUUCAACCUUCUAUAGAACCUGGGACUGAAUUAACAUAGAAAUAAAUACCUGUUAGAUUAACUGAGAACAUUCUAACUUCCUGGCCAUUCCACAAUAUUACAAUACAAGUUCUUUGUUAAAUUAAUGUUAAAGUUUACUGUAAAGACCCAAGGCUUUAAAAACGUCACCUGAAAGCAGGUGUGGGCAGACCCGGUCCUGUUCUUUUCACUUGGACUCCCGUGAAACGCGUUUAUCUUGUCACCUUGUCCUGAUUUGUUGGCUGCUCUUGGUCUCCUCUCCUCAUUUCCUUCCUGUGUUACAGGUAAUAGGACCCCACCUCUACCACCAUGUAAGACAGGAAGUGAAUUUGUGCUGUCGUGGCUGGAAAAACAAUUGUGAGAAGCUUGCUUUGCCAAUUACAGGGGAACAUUUUUUAAAUAUUUUACUUUAUCAUUUGCUACCGAAAAAUAACUAAGCCAAUUGAUUGCUACUCAGGUAAUAAGGCUGUCAUACACGAUACAGUUACAACAUAAUAUAAUGUAGAACACUGCAACAGCAUACUACAGCGUCCUACACUGUGGAAUGUAUAUUAAUUGGACACGUGAAUUUGUCUGUUUCUUUAAAAAUAAGCAUCAGCCUUUUCGGACAGCAGGAAGUUAUCAACAAAAGCCUGUACGUUUAAAUUCAGAAUUGUGUUUAUAGAGCUACUUGGUACAGGUAAGAAAUAUCUGUUAUCUUAACCAAUGAGAUAUUCUCCUGUAGAUUCAUCAUUUUCUGUUUCGGCCAUCACAUCCUGGUCAAAGUACAACAAGUGUAACUCAUAACCUGUCCUCCCUGCAACACUCAGUAUUUCUUACAUUCACUAGGGGCAGAUUGUUCCAGGGGACAGGUUAAUGGUUACACUCUGGUGUACCAGCUGUACAGGGAGAAAGUCACCAGGAUGUAAUGACUGACCCUUGGCUCAGAUAUGUGGUUCUUGUAAAAAUAAAAAUAAACACUUUCUGUUAAUCUAUACCAGUUUAUUUACAAAAUCACUUGGUAGACUAAAUGGCGAUGGUAGAAAAGCAUAUUGUUCCCAGACACUGAAAUCUGGCAGGUUGAGUCACUGCUUGAGGAUUGUCUCUCUCCUUCACUGACACAUGUUUUCCACUCUUGCUGUUCCUCUUAAUCUCCUAAUAAUAGCAUAGGAUCUGAAUCUUUGUAUGAAAUCUUACUGGAUUGCAAUGCAAUCUGUCUCUAGGAGGCUAGGCGUGUAUGAUGAAGUUUGGUGAAGGUCGAUGCACAAUGCACAGACAGACACGAUCAGUGCUGUCAGGGUGUGUAUAGCAGAAUCUUAAUCAGGGUUUGUAUAGCAGAAACACUUAACACAACAACUUGUGUAUUCUCAUAUUGCUGCAGCUUUAGCAGGAUUUUAGAGUGGUCUGGGGGUAAAUAAAAUGAAAAAUAUGUUUUAAAUAUAUGUAGCGACCCACAGAAGCAUUCUCUUGAGACCUAAACAAAGAGACUGUCUUCUCCAUUUACUACCAAUGGAAAGCCAACAGCUUGCUUGUCUUCAUUUAGCCCCAGAUGUGAAAAUUGUCUCAAAUGUACUGUGGAUGAUGCCGCCCUUGGACUUCCUCAGUUCUAAAACAAAAAUAAAUGUUUUAGGUUUCUUGCCUUAGAGCAUUUUUUUUUUUUUUACUACAAACAUGAUGUUAACAGUAACUGAUGUCAUUAGGCUAGCAGGCUUCGAAAGCUACACCCCAAGAGGUAUGCUGCAAUUAUCCUACCACAGUAAGCCUUGUUCUCAGAGGGACUGCUCGGAUUUUCUCAGGGUGAUUCCAGUUUUCACUAAUGUAAUUAACUUAUAACUAAUGUCUAAGAGCUCUGGUAAAUGUGCUCUGAAGUGAACUGUGCCAAACAGGAGGGUAGAGAGAAGGAGCUCCUCUUCACAAAUGGAGAGUAUUUAACCCUGUAUUGACAAGCGUUCUUUUCAGGCAACACACAAUAUAUUUCCCCUUAUGGGACAUGAUGCUGUAAAAUAAAAACAAAACACAAAACAGUGUUGCCUGUAAUAUUUAGCCAUGCAGGUGAAGGGUUGCCAAAUUGUAUUCUUGUGUUUAGAUUAUUGAUUAUUGAUUUGCUCUUUUAGUAUUUGACACUAACAAGCCAUUAACUUCAUUUAAAAGUGUAUUUAAUUCUUAAUGUAUAUUAAGCUUUUUUUUGUCUCUUUACAUUUUCUGUUCUAAUUCUGUCACAAUAAAAUAAUUAUUAAAGUAA